GAGCGGACGAUAUAAAACGAUGUCAGCGCUUGCAGAUGAUCAUUCAGUUGAGGAUCUUCAAGCGUACAGUACAUCCAAGCGGUAGGCAGACAUGAAGGCGUUCAUUGUGUUCUCUGUGGUCCUGGCCCUUGCCAGCGCGGGUGCAGUCGACAGCUCCAACAAGGAAAAGCGAGGACUGUGGGAACUGGGAUCGGCUCAGCACGAUUCGUACGAGAGCUACGGCUAUGACCAUCAGCAGUCCCAUGGAUACUACGGCAACGACUACGUCCAGAAGGAGGUGAAACAGGUCAUCACCAAGAAGGUUCCAGUUCCGUACCCAGUGGAGGUCGAGAAGCACGUUCCAGUCGAGAAGGUCCCGGUGUACGUGGAGAAGAAGGUCCCAGUGCACGUUGACCGUCCAUACCCAGUGAAACAGGUCAUCACCAAGAAGGUCCCAGUUCCAUACCCAGUGGAGGUCGAGAAGCACGUUCCAGUCGAGGUGAAGGUCCCGUACCCCGUUGAGGUUGAGAAGAAGGUCCCGGUCGUUGUUGAGAAGAAGGUCCCGGUGUACGUGGAGAAGAAGUACCCAGUCCACGUUGAUCGUCCAUACCCGGUGAAACAGGUCAUCACCAAGAAGGUUCCAGUUCCGUACCCAGUGGAGGUCGAGAAGCAUGUUCCAGUCGAGGUGAAGGUCCCGUACCCAGUUGAGGUCGAGAAGAAGGUCCCGGUCGUCGUUGAGAAGAAGGUCCCGGUGUACGUGGAGAAGAAGGUCCCAGUGCACGUUGACCGUCCAUACCCAGUUGAGGUGAAGGUCCCAGUCCAUGUCCCGGUGUACAAGAAGGAGUAUGUCGAGGUCCCGAAGCCAUACGCAGUUCAUGUCGAGAAGCCCUACCCAGUGUACGUGAAGCAGCCAGUGUACGUCGAGAAGCAGGUCCCAGUGACGGUGCACAUCAAAGAGCACCACAAGAAGCCAUUCUGGGAGAUAACGAGCAAUCUGACGAAACAAACUUUCUUCCAGGCGUUCAUUGUGUUCUCUGUGGUCCUGGCCCUUGCCAGCGCGGGUGCAGUCGACAGCUCCAACAAGGAAAAGCGAGGACUGUGGGAAUUGGGAUCGGCUCAGCACGAUUCGUACGAGAGCUACGGCUAUGACCAUCAGCAGUCCCAUGGAUACUACGGCAACGACUACGUCCAGAAGGAGGUGAAACAGGUCAUCACCAAGAAGGUUCCAGUUCCGUACCCAGUGGAGGUCGAGAAGCACGUUCCAGUCGAGGUGAAGGUCCCGUACCCAGUUGAGGUCGAGAAGAAGGUCCCGGUCGUCGUUGAGAAGAAGGUCCCGGUGUACGUGGAGAAGAAGGUCCCAGUGCACGUUGACCGUCCAUACCCAGUUGAGGUGAAGGUCCCAGUCCAUGUCCCGGUCUACAAGAAGGAGUAUGUCGAGGUCCCGAAGCCAUACGCAGUUCAUGUCGAGAAGCCUUACCCAGUGUACGUGAAGCAGCCAGUGUACGUCGAGAAGCAGGUCCCAGUGACGGUGCACAUCAAGGAGCACCACAAGAAGCCAUUCUGGGGUUGAAAGACUGUUUAAGAGAUGUAGAGAAACUGGUAGAAUAAAGAUACAACACUGAAAUAUUA